UUGGGGGUAGUUGACGAGCGCGAGGCAGACGGAGUUGUGCGGGAAGACGUCGCGUGUGUUUCCGUUGUUCGUCUCCAAGUCCUCCACAGACGAAGCCAAUUCGUUUAAACUACACCCUCGCGGGUGUGUGCGUUGACCUCUGUCGAACAGGUAGGCUCUGCGCAGCCGAGAUAAAAACAGUUUUAACGGAAGCCUUUUAGGCCCCGGCCGCUUUAAUCGCCAUGAGUUACGGUAGGCCUCCGCCAGACGUCGACGGCAUGACUUCCCUUAAAGUGGACAACUUAACGUACCGCACGUCGCCCGAGACCCUCCGGCGCGUGUUCGAGAAGUACGGCCGCGUUGGAGACGUGUACAUCCCCCGGGACAGGUACACGAAGGAGAGCCGCGGGUUCGCCUUCGUGCGGUUUCACGACAAGCGCGACGCUGAGGACGCCAUGGACGCCAUGGACGGCGCGCUGCUCGACGGCCGCGAGCUCCGGGUGCAGAUGGCCCGCUACGGGAGACCCCCGGACUCCCACUACGGCGGCAGCGGUGGCGGCGGAGGAGGUGGAGGCGGCGGGGGCGGAGGAGGAGGAGGUGGUGGAGGCGGCGGUGGCAGCCGGAGAGGAGCAGGCCCCACCAGGAGAUACGGCGGCCAUGGACGCAGAAGCAGGAGCUCUUCUCCCAGCCCGAGACACAAGAGGCGCAGCCGGUCCCGCAGCAGGAGCCGGUCCCGUUCCCGAAGCCGGUCCCGCUACAGCCGGUCCCGUUCCAGGUCCUACUCCCGAUCCAAGUCCCACUCCCCCAGGAACAAGAAGGCCAAGGCGAAGUCCCCGUCUCGUUCCAGAUCUAGAUCCAGGUCCCGGUCCAAAUCCAAGUCAAAGUCCAAAUCCAAGUCUAGAUCCAGAAGCCCCAGCCCUCCCUGCAAAAGAGAGUCCAGGUCGAGAUCCAAAAGCCAGCCCAAGUCAGCAGCAGAGAAUGGAGGCGAAACCCCGUAGAGCUCAGAGCCAGGUGAGUGAUGACCACACGUUGAUGCGCAUUUAGUGUGAAGUCCUUAGGGACCGAGGCAGACCAGUAAUGACUAGCUGGUAAGUUGACCCCUUUAGGCACUCUGACCUUUACAGGCUCAAACUAAAACACUCUUGUUUUACUUUAUGACAGUUGCUCAACAAAAGAUUUCCUCGGAGCCGUUUCCUCCUGAGAACCUGAUCUGCAGCCCAGAUGCUUGAGCUCAUAGUCACAUGUUCCUGUCGUAGCCAGUGUGUGCCAGCUCGCCAUGUUCACUGCAUACUGAGCACCGUGUUUGUGAAGAACGGCCCUGUAAACCAAAUCUGGACUUCUCUCUUCCCAAGCUGCGGCAUCCUGUUUGCUAAAGCGGAGUUUGAGCUGAGCUGAGGCAGUAUGAGCAGUUAGAAGGGAGGUGGUGCUGCCUGCUGCUGGCCAGAGUUUGUGAGCAGCAGGGUGGAGGCAGUCAGAGGUGGGGUUUGGUGUGGAGGUACGUCUGUCCUCCAGGCCGCUGGUGCUCGAGGGCGCUGAGGUUUGUCCAACUCUCCUCCAUGUCGUCGGUUCAGUUGCAUUUUCCUUUACACACAUUUUCAAUGUGACAGAUUACCAUUAAAUCAACCUAUAUUUAUAAUUAGGUGGUAUUCAGUGUAAACAGACAACUCAAACCAGGUUCUGAUCGUCGUAAGCGGCUUCCUGCCGGGCGUAUCUGAUCACCAUUACUGUCCUGGACAUUUAUUUCAUCCCCGUUGAGGCGUGAGAUCUUUUGUCCGUCACUUGUUUUUAAAACUCAAAGACACUCAGUUUAUUACGCAGAAGAAAAAAGACUCCAAAUAGAAAGAGUGAUUAGAACAUUAAUCUCUUUCCAGGCUCUCCUGGUGCCUGAGGUUUUACAGUAUAUACAAAGUACACGAAUAGUACUACUAGUACUGAAAAUAGCUGUGGAGGAAAAUGCAGCGUGUGGAAACUCUGAAUCCUCUGCCUCCGGCUGAAGGACGAGCUCGUUGUAGCCGAGGAGAUGUGUGAGGCCGAGUGAAGCUCUACAUGUGCAGCGCGUGUGUUUCUACAUGCUAACUUUGUUCUGUUCUGACAGUUUUCAGGUGAAAGGGGCGGAGCUUGCAGUCCUGCCGGAUCAAUCUGAGCAACAGUGUCCUGCUGUCAAAGGUUAUUAUUGUGUCUUCCAUGCUUUGCUUUUGUUUUAUUUGGUCACUUCGUUGAUGUGAUUCUAUUUUCAUACCGAUUUUAAAACCUGGGAGAAUUCUUCUUGUAUUGAACACACGAGUCGUUUGUUGCUCUUUUUGUUUUUGUUCUCCACUGUUUGAACACCACCUGGAUGUAGUAAACCUCACAUUGAUCUGGGUUAACUAAAGCCCGACUGCCGCAUGGAUGAUGAUUUAAUGACUGAGGGAGGUUCGUCUUGUUUUAGUGACCAUUAAAGAACAGUUAGUCUCAUUAUCACUUCUCUUGUCUUUCUCAAUUAAUCUGUUGACUUUUCUACAUUUAAUUGUUUGCUCUGUAAAGUUUUUCCUCCAAAGAUCAAACAGAUAAUAAACUGAUUUAUUUUCUGUCCGUCGCAAAGUGAUAAAAUAAUUUUGGCGUGAGCCGUUCCCCCCCGAGGGCUCAGCGCGUCUCUUUCUGGUUCUUAAUGUCUCGAUGUACGUUCCCCUGUGACAUCACAACGCCGUCAUGUCAGAUACAUGUGUGCCCGUAGUUUCAGGUCAUAGUUCAGACUUUGUUUUCUUUUACUGUGUUGCUCCUAAUCCUGCUUGUGUGUUUGUUUUGUGCACUAGGCGCAGUUGUGUAGCCGUUGAGUUUUGCUGGUUAGCUGUUAAGGUGGCGUGUUGCUCUGCUGCGAUGUGUCCAGUGUUCUCCAGAGAGCGGCUGGGAGGCCCAGUGGGACGACAUGUGACAAUAAAGAUUGCUGUUUUGUCUAAAA